CCGAUCUUCAAUUUUCUCGACGCAGCAAUCAGCGACAUCGACGACGACUGAGGAGGCCCUUGUGUUGCUCGGAUUUUAGGGCCGAAGGAGGAACGCGACAGUUCUGUAUCACGUCCUCCAUAUCACACACUUUUCUCACGCCCUCGACGCACUCCACCACCGCCCGCCCGCCCGCCAUGCCCCCCAAGAAGACCGAGAAGGGCGGUGGUGGCGGCAAGAAGCCGUCCGCCACCAAGCUUGCCGAGGACCGAACCUUUGGCAUGAAGAACAAGAAGGGAGCCGUUGCUCAGAAGCAGAUUGCCCAGAUGGCAGCCAAUCUCAAGGCCGGUGGCACAGCCGAAGAGAAGAAGAAGGCGGCGGAGAAGGCCGCGCGAGAGCGCGAGAAGAAGGCCGCUGAGGAUGCGAGGAGGGAGGCAGCGGCUCUCAUGAACAGGCCAGCCCAGAUUCAAAAAGUUCCCUUUGGCGUCGACCCAAAGACUGUCGUGUGCAUCUUUUACAAGAAGGGUGACUGCGAAAAGGGGAAGAAGUGCAAGUUCUCCCACGACUUGUCCAUCGAGCGCAAGACGGAGAAGAAGAACCUGUACUCGGACACGAGGAAAGAGGAGGAAGAGGAGAAGAAGAAGCAGGAGACUUCGGCCGAGUGGGACGAAGAGCAGCUCCGCAAAGUGGUCCUGUCCAAGAAGGGCAACCAGCAGACGACAACGGAAAAGGUGUGCAAGUUCUUCAUCUCGGCCAUCGAAGACGGCAAGUAUGGGUGGUUCUGGAUUUGUCCGAACGGCGGAGACAAGUGCAUGUAUAAGCACGCCCUGCCACCUGGAUUUGUUCUUAAGACCAAGGAACAGAGGGCGGCGGAGAAGGCCCUUAUGGACAAGUCUCCCCUCAAGACUCUUACGCUGGAGGACUUUUUAGAAUCGGAGCGACACAAGCUGACGGGCACCCUCACCCCCGUCACGCCCGAGACGUUUGCCAAGUGGAAGAAGGACCGGCUAGACAAGAAGGCUGCCGAGGAACAGGCUCGCGCCGCCAAGGAGAAUACGGGUCGCGCUAUGUUCGAGAGUGGCAAGUGGCGCGAUGAAGAGGAUUCUGACUCUGACGACGAUGACUCGUGGAAUCUCGAGAAGCUGCGGCAGGAGACAGAGGCCAUUCGGAACAAGAAGGAGGAAGAUCGGUUGCUAUCUUCGUAUCAGGCUGAAGCGUCGGGGUCAGCCACGCCGGCUGAAGCUUCGGCGCCAACACCCGAGGCUGAGGCUGUGGGAGUGUGAAGGAUUCCGGCCUUUGCUGGACUUGAGUGCUUCCGUUGAUGGCACAUGUGGUGCAGGAACAGAGGCAGUUCCGAGCACCGCUGAGGCCAUCUCUAUCUCAUGGAGGUGGGAUCUGCUGGACAGGAGCCGGCCAAGCUCCGUGACGAGAGGCUGGCCGUCUCUGGACUGAUGGACUGAUGUCUAUCUGCAUCGCAUUAUCAAGGAGCGUGUCACUUCAUAUAGGAAUCAUAUGCGUUCUUGGGUGCCAAGUCGAUUGGCGGUUCGUGCGUCGCCACCAGGGACGCUGUCGGUUGCACGCCCCCCGGUCAAGACGCACAUGUGGUAGUGCUCCACGAUACCUUGCUCUCGUGGGUAUGGGCCGCCCCGUUGCACAGGCUACUCCCUUGCAAUGAUGUUUGUCCUUCUCACCAGCAUGUCGUGGGCGGCCUCACUGCGGGGGGACGUUCCUUCGGGGCACGUACUUGGUAUGCAGGUUAUGGCUUGGCGCAGUCCAGCUGCGCGGGCGAGAAUGUAUCUAUGCUGUGUCGAUUGCAUUGCCGUCCACUUCCAGAGCAUACAACC